AUGACCAUCACAACAUCGUUACCGUCUGGAGCGACGUCAACGUGGACCGAGGAAGUUGGUGAUGUUUCGAGGUACAUACAUGGUCCAGUGGUUGGUGGGUUGUUGCCCGUCGCUACCAGAGUUGUCCUCGUUUGGGUGGGCGAUGAAGUGGAUGUGGAAGAUGGGGAGGGGGAGGUUGGUUUUGGAGAAUUGGCUGAUUCCCCAGUGGUCGUUUACAGUGUUGAAGAUGUGGUUUCGGACUUUUUCUCCGACCGAAUUCGAUGUUAG